AUGGCCGAUACCCCAGAAGAGGACCCCUACGCGGGACUCCAGUCUUCCUCGGAGGAGGAGGAGGGCCAGGAGACAGAGGCUCCCAUGGAGUCCCUCGUUUCCGGACGCGCAAAGCGAAGCACCGCCGGAUUACACAUGUCCGCUCUCCUCGAAGCCGCCGCAGACGAUGACCUUACACUACUAUUCGAGGAGGUGGAGGAUGACAAUGAAUUCGCAGAGGAUGAGGCGGGAGAGGAAGAUGAUAUGGCACUUGACUCGUCCUCAGACGAUGAUGAUGACCAGGGUCCCAACGCGGACAACGACUUUGAGGGCGAAAAGCAGCUCCAGAAGGAAGAGCGCAAGAAACGCCGAGCACAGAACGAUCUCCGAUUCCAGACCUUGCGCAAGCGCGUCAAAGUUGACCCGACCGCUAUCUCUGCCGUACCUCCUGCCCGUCCGAAAAAGAAGUCAGAGCGCAUCUCGUGGCUCCCUACACUGGAAGAUGGCCCUAUACGAACCUCCUCUCGCAGGCAGACCAUGGCCAACAAGGAAGUCACGCAUGCGCGUCUCAAGGACAGCCAGGAGAAACGCAUUCGCAUCAUCGCUACAAUGAAGGAGGCAGAGAAGCGCAAGGCCCAUCUGAAGCCCAAGAAAAUGACCCAAGAGGAUCACCUUGCGGAGGCAGCGAGGAUCGAGCGACUCAACAGCAAGAGUGUGAAUCGAUGGGAAGCCGCAGAGAAAAGGAGAGCAGAGGAGCGAAAGGCUAGGAUCGAGGCGCUGCAGAACCGUCGCCUAGAUGGUCCUGUCAUGUCCUACUGGAGUGGGGUGGCUACAUGGGUCAACGGUCGUCUCACGCGAGUGGGCAAGGUUGAGAUCAAAGCGAAGCCGGAUAAGCCAAAAUCAGAAAAGGACGAUCCCAAGAAGAAAAAGAAGGAGGAGAAUACUGUGGAAUCACAGGGUACUCCUCUUGCUACUCUUGCUCCUGGACAGGCGCAACAAUUACCUAUAAACACCCCCGCUCAACUUGAAGGCGCUCCGGCGACGAUAGCAAUCGUCCAACCCACCACUCUCCCGCCAUCUGCUCAAAAUACUCUCCCAAAUCUCCCAGUCUCGGGGACCGUCGCGACUCCGAAUGCGCCUGCACCUCCAGCACCUACCACAACUGAACCCGUCAAAUUAGAUGAUCAAGUUACUGAAGAUCAAGUGGCCGAACAAAUUGAGAAAUCUGGGAGCAAAGACCCCGAUAGCACUUCCAAUACCCCUACAAAGACCCCGACCUCUACAGCAAAUGCCUCUGAUAAGAAUACAAGGCCCGUUGUGGAAAUCCUGGUGCCUCCUCAACCUGAUGCACCGGUGCCCAACGAAUCAAAAAGUCCAAAGUCGACAAUAACCCCGCAGGACGAUGCGAUGGAGGUUGACCAAAAGCCACCGCGAGCCAAUGCCGAGAUCGAUACUUCGCAGUCGGCACCUAAUCAAACAAAUCCACCGACCGCCACAAGCGCCGACACACAAACCGUUUCAGGGGGUUCUCAGACUGGGCCCGGUACAACGGAGCAGUCGCUGCAGAUUACACUUCACCCAGCGCCUGCACAUGCAACCACUCCAUUGGGCCCUCAAGCCUCUCCCGCAAUUUCGGCCGAUGUAGCUCCCCCUGCACACCACGCCACCCAGGCGCCAGAGGUGCCGGAGGUGCCGCAGCUCCCGCCGGUAAUCGAGAAGACGGGUCGCAACUUGACCAUCCUCGAGAACUUCGAUGACAAGACGGCACACAGUAAAAAGUACAGUAUGUACUUCAACGCGAGAAAGCCGCCUCGUCUAACUAAAAUCUCGUCAUCACUUUGUGUCAUCACCUCAUUACCAUCCCGUUAUCGUGAUCCAGAGACCGCACUCCCUUACGCCAACUCCUAUGCCUAUGGACAAAUCCGCAAGAUGCUGUCCCAAGGGUACAUCUGGAGCUCGAUGCUAGGCUGCUUCGUUGGCGCUGCAGAUACCGCAGCGCGCGGCGUACCCGAUCGAUUCUUGGGUAAGACCGCGAUCGAAAAGACCUCGACCAAGCCCACAGUGCAGGUAGAAGUGGCCUCGAAGGACUUGGCGAAGCCAGCUACAAAUGGAUCAGCGACGGCCGAGUCGAUGGAGAUGGACCAGACCAGUUAA